UCAUGACGCUUCGCCGUCGUGACGUCACGCUACUUCCUGUCUCCACCCGUUUGCAGCCAUGAUGCAGGAAGGGCUGGACGACGGACCCGACUUCCUCUCCGAGGAGGACCGGGGACAGCCGCGGGCAGUGAACGUGGACCUGCAGACGGACGCCACGCUGCAGGUGGACAUCUCCGACGCUCUGAGUGAGAGGGACAAGGUCAAGUUCACCGUCCACACUAAGAGCACGCUGCCCAACUUCAAGCAGAACGAGUUCUCGGUGGUCCGACAGCACGAAGAGUUCAUCUGGCUGCACGACUCGUUUGUGGAGAACGAAGAGUACGCUGGAUACAUCAUUCCCCCAGCUCCUCCCCGACCAGACUUUGAUGCGUCCAGAGAGAAGCUGCAGAAGCUCGGGGAGGGAGAAGGCUCCAUGACCAAGGAGGAAUUCACCAAGAUGAAGCAGGAGCUGGAGGCAGAGUACCUGGCUAUCUUCAAGAAGACCGUGGCCAUGCACGAGGUCUUCCUGUGCCGCGUGGCAGCUCACCCUGUCCUCAGGAAGGACCUCAACUUCCACGUCUUCCUGGAGUACAACCAGGACCUGAGCGUCCGAGGGAAGAACAAGAAGGAGAAGCUGGAGGAUUUCUUCAAGAACGUGGUGAAGUCUGCCGACGGCGUCCUGGUGGCCGGAGUCAAGGACGUUGACGACUUCUUUGAGCAUGAGAAGACCUUUCUGUUAGAAUAUCACAACCGAGUCAAAGACGCUUCGGCCAAAUCCGACCGAAUGAUCCGCUCACACAAAAAUGCUGCGGAUGACAUCAACAGAAUUGCCUCGUCUCUCUACACAUUAGGAACGCAGGACUCCACAGACCUCUGCAAGUUCUUCCUGAAAGUGUCCGAGCUGUUUGAGAAGACGAGGAAGAUUGAGGCUCGAGUCGCAGCGGAUGAAGACCUGAAGCUCGCCGACCUGCUGAAAUAUUAUCUGAGAGAGUCGCAAGCUGCAAAGGACCUGCUGUACCGGCGGAGCCGGUCUCUGGUGGACUACGAGAACGCUAACAAGGCCCUGGACAAGGCUCGAGCCAAGAACAGAGACGUCCUGCAGGCAGAGACCAGCCAGCAGCUCUGUUGCCACAAGUUUGAGAAGAUCUCAGAGUCCGCCAAGCAAGAGCUCGUAGACUUCAAGACGAGGCGAGUGGCGGCUUUCAGGAAGAACCUGGUGGAGCUGGCAGAGCUGGAACUCAAACACGCCAAGGGGAACCUCCAGCUGCUGCAGAGUUGUCUGGGUGUUCUGAAAAGUAACACUUAACUGUUCGACACUGCCCAAAACCAACCAGACACCCCUCCAUUUUAUAACCCCGCCCACAUCAACUGGACACCUGUUGUGGGCGGAGCCUGGGCGGACGACUGACUGAAAACUGUGGAUUGAAGAGAGAACAGACCGGAAGUCUGUCGUCCGCACAUCGUCCUCUUCGUCUUCAUUCUCCUCCUUCCAAUCCUGUCUGUCCCAACAGCACCUGUACUGGUUCCACUGGUCCAUGAUCACACCUGAACUGGUUCUACUGGUCCAGCAGGAUCAGCGUCUUUGUCUCCUGAGUGACACUCACACACAACUUUAAUGUCACAGAAUCGACUAAACCAAUUCAUGUUUUUAUCCAACAAAGCCUUCCCAGUCCAAAGGUUCUACUGGAGGAUACUGGACUGGGACCAGUAUCCCCAUCUCAUUAUCAGGGUGAAUAAAUUCAAGUUUUUUGCCAUUUUUUUUUUUUUUCCCCCCCAGUGAACUAGAACAUCUGUGAAGGAGGAGUUGUGUGACUGGUGUUGGUCAGGUACUGGCCCUGACUCCAUUGAUGCCAGUCUGCUCCUUCUGCAGGAACUGAUUCCUGAUGGGCUCAACAAACAUCUCACCCCCUGCUUUGGUUUUCUGAGUCUUCUAUUUCAAAUCUACAGAAGAAGACAACUUGUCUCUAAUUAUCCCUAAAGCUCUCGUGACGCGUCACGGUCUUGUAUUUGUAGCUGAUUUCAUAAAAUGAGCUUCACUACAUGUGAAGUAGUUUCAUGUAGAAAGUGAUUGAGGAUGAAAGGAGACAAACAUCAUUUUUCUUUUUGUAAUUAUCAAGUUGUCAUUUGAUUUUCACGUCUUUCAUGAAAAUAAGACCUCAGACUAACUCGCAGAGGUGUGUGUCACUCUGUCCUCCUGUUGUUGGUCUUAUUUUGGCGCUGCGUGUGUCUCUGGGGUGCUUUUAUUGUGUUGGUGAAGUUCCUGUGCUUCUGAAGCGUGAUGUCACUGAGCUGAACAACCUGCUAUGUUUAUAUUAGUUAACUCACUAGUACAUCUCUGAUCAGCUGUUUGUUGCCUUAACGUCCACAAUUUGUUUUUAACGUCACACUAUAAGAAUGUUUUUUCACUCAUGUGACCAAAGCUUCCAUUUCUGAUUAAAGAUGGAGAUGAAAAGAAAUAAAAAGAGACAAAGACGAUUUAUGAAACUAACGAUAUUUGGGUUGUAAUCCAUCCGCGUCGCUCUGAGACUCUGAAUAAAACUCUACGGACACUUUUCUUACA